ACGAAUACCUGAUUUUAAAGAUGGCGACCAUCUUUUCGCUCGUGUGAGUGCUAUUCGUACGUAUAUCUACAAAAUUUGGGAAGAUCCUGCAGACUGCAGUAAUUUUAAAGUGAAGUAAAAUAGUAUUUUUUGCAUAAUAAAUAAAUUAAAAUAGUAGUUGAAAAUACUCAAAAGAUGGUCGUGAAAUUUAUUUAGUAGUAUUGCAGCUUAGGCUUGGUGAACAUCUAUAUAUGUAAGAUUCAGCAUUUCUAGUGUUCACUGAUGCCAAAAACUAAACUAAACAACACACAAAGACUGUUGGUACAGCGUCAAGUAGAGAGCUUAAGUAGCGACGUUAGAAAAAGAAAAACCGAAUUCGACGACAACAACAACACAUACCUUACACACAUAGGAAACGGAAAAGGCAACAAAAAUUUACGCAAUUCCUAAUCAGAUAUAAAAUAUUGCUUUUGUGUUAGUUUAAAUUUAAGUUGGCGUUGUUUGAUAUAAAAUGUCUGCUACAAUGCGAGCGACAUUACAAACAGUUCCUGAAUCCCUACCAACCGAACAUGUGUCCUCUACAACGGAUACGGCUGCGGUACCGUCAAACACCCCAACGACGACAAAUUCUUUAACGGCCACUACCUUAAACACUACGCAACAACAGCAGCAGCAGCAACAAUACAAUAAUAGUACCAUACAUAGUUCAGUGCAUUCAGUCAAGGACCAGCAACAUGACACGGCAAAUGCCAACAUUAUUGCACUGCCACAAACCACAACAACUAAUGUGGUUGUUGCCACAACAACGGCAACAACACCAAUUGUUGCGAGUAAUGUAACAGCAAAUACGACUGUUAAUAGCACAUCGCAAUCGCAGCAGCAGCAGCAGCAACAACAACAACCGCAACAAGCACAACAACAGUCGCAUCAUCAGCCACAACAACAACAGCAACAACACAGUCAUCAGCAUCAACAUCACCAUCAUCUUGUGAAUAAUGCGACAGCCACCGAUGGCGGUGGACGAUUGCCACCAAAUAAUACAACUGCAAACGUAAUUAUAAAUCAUCAUCAACAUCACACCACCACCGGUAUAACAAAUGUUGGCGGCGGCGGAGGCGGUGGCGGUGGUGUUGCUCCGCUGCCUGUUGCUAAUAAAAAUAUUUUGGCUUCACACUCGAAUUCGGCGUCGAUGAAACAGCGAACCUCUUCGGCUAAGAUGUUUCAGCUACCCACCCUAAAAAUUCCUAAAAACUACUUUAAGAGAAUGCAAACAAUAUUUGUUAUUUACUAAAUAUAUACAUACAUAUCUACGUUUGCCUUAAAGAAACGAAAAGAA